AUGAUCAUCAUCAUCAUCAUUAAACUCCUUCUCAGACAAUACCAAAGUCCUGAUAAAACCCACAAAAACCCAACUGCCCUGAGAGCAUGAUGCGGAAAGCUAUGAUGGGAGGAGCAUCAAGAACUCUCCUUUCUAUCUCUCUUCUGUCUUCAACCAAACACUUCUGUCACUACCCAUUUCUCAAACUCCCUAAACCCUCUAGGCUUUUACCAGGGUUUAAGCCUUUAUGCACUGCCACAGCCGCGACCCCCGCCACCAUUGAACCUGACCAAUUGAGACAUUCCAUGCUACUUGAAAGACUUAGAACGAGACACCUCAAAGACUCUACUAGAACCCCAUCACCCUCUAAACCUCAAGAAAAAGUGGCUGCCUUUGAUAAAGAGGGUGAGGCUUCUGACAAGGGGAAGAAGAAGAAAAAGGGGAUGGUUGAGAGUUUUGAGGAGUUGGGUUUGAGUGAAGAAUUGAUGGGUGCUGUUAGAGAGAUGGGGAUUGAAGUUCCUACUGAGAUUCAGUGUAUUGGGAUUCCUUCUGUUUUGGAAGGGAGAAGUGUGGUCUUGGGUUCUCAUACUGGCUCUGGCAAGACUCUUGCUUACAUGUUGCCACUUGUUCAGUUGCUGAGGCUGAAUGAGGCGAUGUUAGGUAUGCUAACAAAGCCCCGGCGUCCUCGGGCAGUUGUUCUAUGCCCCACAAGGGAGCUAUCUGAGCAGGUUUUUCGUGUGGCAAAGUCUAUUAGCCAUCAUGCAAGAUUUAGGUCCACCUUGGUCAGUGGUGGAGGCAGGUUGAGACCACAAGAGGAUUCUUUGAAUAACCCAAUUGACAUGGUGGUUGGGACCCCUGGCAGGGUUCUUCAGCAUAUCGAGGAUGGCAACAUGGUUUAUGGUGACAUCAAAUACUUGGUUUUGGAUGAGGCAGACACCAUGUUUGACCGUGGCUUUGGUCCUGACAUUCGCAAAUUUCUUGGUCCACUAAAAAAUCGUGCAUUAAAGCCCAAUGGCCAAGGAUUUCAAACUAUUUUAGUUACUGCUACUAUGACAAAGGCAGUGCAGAAGCUGAUCGACGAGGAAUUUCAAGGAAUAGAACAUCUACGAACAUCAACACUGCACAAGAAAAUAGCAUCUGCUCGGCAUGAUUUCAUCAAACUUUCAGGUUCUGAAAACAAGCUGGAAGCAUUAUUGCAGGUUCUUGAGCCAAGCUUAGCUAAGGGAAACAGGGUGAUGGUGUUCUGUAACACAUUAAACUCUAGCCGUGCUGUGGAUCAUUUUCUUGGAGAAAAUCAGAUCUCUACUGUCAAUUACCAUGGCGAAGUGCCUGCAGAACAAAGGGUUGAAAACCUGAAUAAGUUCAAGAGUGAUGAUGGAGACUGUCCCACAUUGGUUUGCACGGACUUGGCUGCUAGGGGACUGGACUUGGAUGUUGAUCAUGUUAUCAUGUUUGAUUUCCCCUUAAACUCUAUUGACUACCUUCAUCGCACUGGGAGAACAGCUCGUAUGGGUGCCAAAGGUAAAGUAACAAGUUUGGUGGCUAAGAAGAACGUAUUGUUGGCUGAAAGGAUUGAGGAGGCCAUAAGAAAGAAUGAGAGUUUGGAAUCUCUUACUGCUGAAAAUGUCCGAAGGGACAUUGCAAGGGCUCAGAUAAUUGAGCAGAAGGGGAAGAAUGCUAGACUGAUUAAAGUGCCAAAUCAGAAAAACAAGACUAAAGCUGUGUCUGCUCACAUAUCAGGGAAAAAACCCUCAAUUGUGAAAUCAGUAAAAUCACCUACUCCAGCAAGACCUUCAAAGAAAAUAGUUAAGGUGUCAAAAAAUAUGAAGUCUGCUAAAGCAUCUUCAGUGGGAAAGAAAAACAGGUCCAGUGGAGUGAAUUCUACGGCCAAGAAACUGAAUGUUGUUGGGUUUAGGGGGCGAGCUUCCUCUAGCAAGACAGAUUCAUUUAGGCGUAGUUGAUUGCGAUAAAAAUUUCUGGAUCUUGCAGAUGGCUUUUAGCAUGUAAACUUCAUUAAUGAAAAAAAAAAAAAAAAAGAUUUCCAUUUUUUGUAGAUCUUUCUGAUCUUGCUUACCACUAAGAACUGGUUGUAAUACAUCUAGAUCGUCCGUACAGUAUACACCCUUCAAGAGUUAGCUGAGGAUGCCAUAUAGCCUAGUGGCAAGUGGGAGUUAUACUAGCGUGCUGUGCUGAAAAUUCAUAGAUGGAGGCGGGAUGUAAUCGUUCUUAUUUGCAUAGGCAUUGAUUUCCUCCACGGUGACCGUGCCAUAGUUUAUAAUAUUUAAAGUAGCAGAACAUCAAUUGCAACGUACAGAAUUCAGUAUGUACGGGUUUAAAGAUUCCAGAAAGCUUUGUUUUACAGGAUA